GAAGUCGGGGUGCGGGCGGUGGGCGGCUGCGGACGCCCCCCGGCCCAGCCCUCUCGGACGGCCGGUCCUGGAGCCCGGGCCGACCCUGCCGGCCCCCCAUCAUGUAGGCGGGGGGUCCCGGGGGGCCCAGGAUGAAAAAGCACUCCGCCCGGGUGGCCCCGCUCAGCGCCUGCAACAGCCCCGUCCUGACGCUCACCAAAGUGGAAGGGGAUGAGCGACCCCCGGCGCCCCCGGCCCCGCCGGCGGAGGCGCAGAGCGGGGCGGCCUGCGGCGGUGGCGGCGGGGCCGGGCCGCGGGCGGCCCUGUGGGGACUGGCCGUGGUGCUGGGGGUCUGUGCCACCUGGGCCGGCUCCACGCAGCUGGCCAAGCUGACCUUCAGGACCUUCGACGCCCCCUUCACGCUGACGUGGUUUGCCACCGCCUGGAAUCUGCUCUUCUUCCCCGUGUACUACGCGGGCCACGUGUGCACGUCGGCCGAGAAGCAGGCCCCCAGGCAGCGCUACAGGGAAUGCUGCCGCUUCUUUGGCGAGAGCGGGCUGACUCUGAAGGUGUUUUUCAUCAAGAUCGCCCCCUUCGGGGUCCUGUGCACGCUGACCAACUACCUGUACUUAUACGCCAUAAAGAAGAUCAACACAACGGACGUCUCCGCGCUGUUCUGCUGCAACAAAGCGUUUGUGUUCUUGCUGUCGUGGAUCGUGCUCAGGGACAGGUUCAUGGGAGUCAGGAUCGUGGCCGCCAUCUUGGCCAUCGCCGGGAUCGUGAUGAUGACCUACGCGGACGGGUUCCACAGUCACUCGGUGAUCGGCAUCGCGCUGGUGGUGGGCUCGGCCUCCAUGGCCGCGUUAUACAAGGUUCUGUUCAAGCUCCUGUUGGGCAGCGCCAACUUCGGGGAGGCGGCCUUGUUCCUGUCGGCCUUGGGAGUCUUCAACCUGCUGCUGGUCUCCUGCGUCCCCGUCGUCCUCUACUUCACCCGGGUGGAGCACUGGGACUCCCUGGGCGACGUCCCGUGGAGAAACCUCUGCGGGUUUUCCUUUCUCUUACUGACGUUCAAUAUCGUACUGAACUUUGGAAUUGCCGUUACGUAUCCCACCUUGAUCUCUCUCGGGAUUGUGCUGAGUGUGCCUGUGAAUGCAGUGGUGGACGGCUACACGAGCGAAAUCUCCUUCAACGGGGUCCGGGUCAUCGCCAUCAUCAUCAUCGGCCUGGGCUUCCUCCUGCUGCUGCUGCCGGAAGACUGGGACUCCUGGCUCCUCCGCCUCCUCGCACGCCUCAAGGCCCGGAGCAAGGAGGAGGCGCCCGAGGCCAACGGGGACGUCGGCUCCGGGCUGCCCGUCAGGGCCCGCCGAGGCCGGCCUUCCUUCGGGCGCUGAGGCCCGCCCGCCGCAUCCCGGCCCGGACCGCGGGACGAUGGGCCUCUGGGGGGGCACCGUACGGACCGGCCUGGGGUAUUUAUCGGCAUGUCCGGCUCGCUGGCCCUUUGCCCCAUGCGACUUCAUUUGAGCGCUCGCCCGAGCCUCCCGGCCCCCUUUAAAUGAAUGUAAGGUUCAUCGCAGCUGGGGAAAGCGUUUUGAAUCUUAGCAACCGAAUGUUACAUUGCACACUGUGAUUUUUUCUUUUUUAAAAAAAUAGGAAAAAAGCCACCAAAAAAAGAAGCACUUGCCGUGGCUUGUUUUGUUUCCUCCGAGAACCCUAACUCCAAGAGGUUUCGACAGACCAAAAGUGGAUGGAGAAUAUAUUGUGGAGGGAGGGGCCGAGGCCGGGAGGGGAGGGAAUGCAGGGGCAUCUAGGCCUCCGUUGUCCCGAAAGGAAUUCUGCGGAUGAACCGGGCCGGACAGCUAUCAAGUCCAUGCUUCCCGAGGGCCGAGCACUGGGCCGAGCGCUGGAGAAGAGGCGGAGAAUCAGAUUGGCUUUGAGUUUUAGAAGAAUGA